AUGGCAAAUGCUGGUCUUAACACAAAUGGGUCUCUAUUAUUCAUCACUACAACUCUCACUUUUCAUUUAGAUGGAGAACUUAUUGUAUUUGGUAAGGUUGUCAAAGGAAUGAGAAUUGUUCGUCCAAUCAAACAUGUUAUGAUUUUAGAGGGGGCAGAUGAUGGGAUAUCCAAGUUUUUCAAUGAUGGUGAUAUUUGUGGUGAUAUUUAUUGUGAUUGGCUAGCUGACAUUGAUGAGAGUACUAAUGAACUCUCUUGGUGGAUGACUGUUGUGGCUUCUAUUAAAGCUUUUAGAAAUGAACAUUAUAAGAAACAAUACUAUAAGAUGGUUUUUACAAAGUAUAAGAAGGCUUUACUUUAUUUAGAUGUCUGUCAAAAGAAAGACAGAGAGGAGUUCAAGUUUGAGAAAGGUAAUCCUAGAUACUCACAAGUAGCUUUGUAA